ACCAGACUCAGCGAGCGCGGGGUCGGCCAUGGCAAGCUCAAGGAGCCCGGUCCGUGGCGUCCCGGAGGAUAGGCAGUGCGGCCACUGCCGCCGUCGCAUCUCUCUGGUGGAGUCCACCAUCAGAUGCCGCUGCGGCCUCGCCUUCUGUGAGCGCCACCGCGCCGCGGAGAGCCACGAGUGCCAGUUCGAUUGGCGGCAGAUGCAGCGGGACAAAGUGGCCAGGGAGAACCCCAAGGUGAUCCAAGCGAGCUCCAAGCUGGGCUCCAGCAAGGUGACACCGGUGGCAGGCUUCCAGGUCGGCACCCGGCCGAGGAGUGGUUCGAGCAGUACUGCAAGCACCACCCAGUGCCUUUGCUCGGAGAGGUCCACGCAGCUUUUGCACUUGAUGGGCUUCCUCCUCGUGGCGGCGAUGAGCUUCCGAGGUCUACUGCUGUGCGUCUCCCAGGGCGCCUUCAUCCUCUUCCUGCGGCAGUUGGUCCUGGGCUAUUUCUUGGCCAUGGUCUUGGUGCAUGGCCUGCCGCAGGUGCUCUCCCUGCCCGCGUCCUCAUGCCGCUUCUGCGUCUUCUCGUGGGACGUUUUGACGAAGCCGCAGUGGUGCCUUGCCGCCGAGUGCCAGAAGGCCAAGGAGCACUUGAACGUCGCCUUGGCCAAAGGGCAGCAUGGCUUGAAAAGGAGUUAGCCGAAGGCCGGGUGGCCUUCGCAGCGACAGAAGCCCGGCAGCGCAUGCCGGCCGCUUCCGUGGG